UUCUGCCGAAUCUCCGGGACUGCGGGCGCUUCAACUCGUAGUCCUGACGUGAGGCGGUAUUUGUUUUCACCGCUCCUCUUCCCGCAGCCGCUGCCCGACCCGCUGAGCCUUUGUGUUGCAGCCCCCUCUGGGGCGGGGGUGUCCUGGACACGACGUUCUCGGGCGUCGGAGCCGGGGGUCGAUGCGCAGUCGGCGCGGAGCACUUUGCAGGUUCGGCGGCCACCGACGCUCUCGGCUCCGGCAAAGCGCGGAUCGCCGCAGAGCGGGUUACAAGCACAACAGAAAGAGGAGGGAUCGCUGAGGUUUCCAGGAGUAGGAGAGCCGGGCGCUGCGCCGCUGACACGUCCCGGGCUGGUCGCUGCCCGCAGCUCCCCUGCAUGAGCCGCGUCCGGAGCCCGGCGGUGGACCAGUUGUCGGCCGGAGGCAGCACUCGGGCGAGGAACCGGAGCCUGGGCGACGUCCUCAGCGAUGUCCUGUACAAGCGGACUUGCAUCUCGCGGUCUGCGCCCCGUCUGCGCUGCAGCCUGGAACAAGGUGCGGACCCACGGCUGACGAAGAGCACCGAGCGAGUGACGGAUCAAGAUGGAUUUCAGCAGGCUGUGUAUUCAAUGGCGACGUUUCCCUUCCCAAAGGUCAAGGACCCGAGAGAGAAGUGCAAUCUGCAGUUAAAGCUUGCUCCUUCAAGCUGUCAUCCAGAUGAAUCGUCAGAGAGGAGAAACUCAUCGAGUGGGUGUAGCAACCACUGCACUGUCAUCGUGUCAGAUAGUUACUUACAAGCACAGAAUCCACAGAAUUGGCAUCCAGCAGCUCAAAGUGAGAAUCAAAGUGCCUGUGAUGUGGUUUGGAGUAUGGCUGGCGACAGUGUACCACAGCGUGAAAGUGACAGUGCGCAAACAGUGGGACCUGUGGUGAAGCAGCAGGAGUCCAAAAUGGCCAGGCGCCAGCAACAGAGCCAGCAACUGACCCCCAAGCACGACAGCUCUGUUCCACGGUCUCCUGGGAUGCCGUUUUGUUCCAGUAAGUCGAGAGGUAUAAACCAUUUCCUCAGGGACCAAAAGCUGAGGAACAGUAGCAGAAGCAAAAAUAACCAAGUUCACCACACUCCCAGUCCCAGGACAACUCAGGCAGGACAGAAGGAGCGGAGAAACAAGCUGGCCGUUCCUUGGUGUUCACAAAGGAAGAUGUGCCGGAAAGGGCUGGUCAGGAAGUCGAAAGCCAGGUCAGGCUGUAGUGAUACAGUCGGUCUACUUGAGGAACAGACCGAUGGCAGCAAGGCAGAAUCCUCCAAAGGUGACCACUGUAUCCAUGAAGAAGGCCGGAACACUCCAGGAAUUUGCUGGGAGCAGAACGGGAAAUUUGGCGAACAACUAACAGGCUUUUUGUUUGAUGCUGACAGCUUGUCGGGAGUUGAGAGUUUGUUGAAAGCUCUUCGUAUGGUGGAGCAGCAUCAACAUUUAACGUCAACAAGACCAACACCGAAGCCAAACAAUUUGGAAUUUUCCACAGAGAAGGAUUUUGCUGCUUUUCCUGAUCUGAAGGAGAAUCCCAUCAACACUAGUCUUCCGGGAUAUCUCUGCUGCAAGUCCCUUGGAGAAAACAAUUCAGGGAUUUGUAGGAAUGUGACCAAGGCCAAACAUCCAAAAGAGUUUGAGAAGGAAUGCUGCUGAAGUGGUGAGGAGGGGGAUUGUAGAUUACCUUGGAAAUGGCUUUGUAAUCGAUUGAUUAUCAACAGCAUGUCUUAAACCAAUAAUUAAAUCA